AGAAUGGUAGAUAGUCUUCGGUCCGAUACAACUGUGUUAGGUAGCGGUGACUGUCCGAAAUGGCUGUACACUUGCCUAAUUGUGCACUGUCGGCGACGGAGGUCUGCUUUCCGGCGGCUUGGUCGCCAAAUCAAAGGCUGGUGACGGCUGAACUUCGUUUUAACUCUCCCUCGAGGACACUGAAGAUCCGUAUGUCAGCGCUGGACCGUAACAGUAUUGGUGGCGGCGAAAAUAGCAGUAAGAAGGCGGCGACCCCUAAUUUGAAUUACGUUGUUCCUUUGGACAAGUCCUCCUGCAUCACUCGCCCCCUUGCCGAGAUCCUACGAGACCUCAACAAGAAGAUCCCUGAUAAUAUUGUCAAGACUCAGGAUGAUCAUUCCACCUUUAUCCCCUGGUACCAGGCCAACCGCAUGCUGAGUUUUUACGCUCCAGGCUGGUGUGGAGAAAUACGCGAUGUUAUAUUCGCUGACAACGGAAGUGUGACUGUGGUGUACCGUGUAACUGUACGAGGUUUGGAUGGAGAGGCACAUCGUGAAUCGACUGGAACAGUAUCACCCGGUGAGGGAGAUAUCACAGAUCCCGUUGCUGCAGCAGAAGAAAUAGCAUUUUGCAGAGCGUGUGCUCGGUUUGGCCUUGGCUUGUAUCUUUAUCAUGAAGAUUAGAAGCUCGACUUUCUCCAUGCUAAAUUUUCGAAUGUUUUGUGUGUUGUUUUGACGAACGAGACAAUAAUAUAUUGGCUUCCUCUUAGUCCUAGUCCAAAUGAAUAACACAUUUCCAGAUUUUUGUAUCUACCAUAUUGGAUUGCAAGCACCAGUUCUUGAGGUUGAGGCAUUCGUAGAGUUGAUUAAUCUUGGUCAUGAACUAGUCAUUGAAAUUU